UACAUAUUUGGUGGUUUAUAAACUUGGUUAAUUGUGUAAUUGUUUUAUCCCGGUCUUUUGACCAUGCCUCCCAAGAAGGUGCAACAGAAGAAAGGGGUUCGUGUGCUGAAGCAGGCCAACAAGCGCCCUUCUUCACUGCAGCAUCAAUCCUCUGAUGAUGAUGAAGAUUUGGGGACCAUCCGUGCCUUGGUCGCUAGAGUUGAAGCGCUUGAAAAGGAACGCAGGCAGCCUAAGGAUGUCGAUGAGGGUCCCAGUUCUGGACCUGUAGGUUUGCUAAGCAUCCCUAUUCCCGUGAGGAUCAUCUUGUGCGGCCACUCCAUUUUGUUUUGGGCUCAUCGGAGGGCUUCUUCGUCUGCUCCUGGGACCCAGCUGCAGCUUUCUGCUACUGCUACAGUUCACUGGGUAGCCCGGAGGGGCAUGUUAUGGGAUGCGUUUUUGCCUUCUGUGUGUCGUAUUAUGUCUUCUAUGGAUCGGCCACAUAUAUUGUUGAUCCAUUUAGGGGAAAAUGAUUUGGUGCAGAGUCCAGGUGUGGACCUGCUUGUUAAGGUCACUCGCGAUCUCACGUGGCUUAUUAAUUCAUAUCCACACCUUAUAAUUGUGUGGUCAGACAUGCUUGUUAGAAGGGUGUGGAGGGGUGCUAUUCAUCCCAACAGGAUCGAAAGAUCACGGAAAUGGGUGAAUAGGAAGAUCAGGGCUCUUGUCCUGUCGCGUGGGGGGGCAUUCAUUCCCCAUGACAGGAUUAGGUUCCAUGCCUCACAUUUGUUUCGUGGGGAUGGUGUUCAUCUUUCAGACCAGGGGUGUGAUUUGUUUUUGGAGGAUAUUAUGAAGGGUUUAAGGGUUUUGUUGUCUUCAUUGGGUGGAGUGGACCAAGCUUGAGCUGAUCCCCUCUUGUGGCAUAGAAUUCGGGCAGGUGAGGUAUAUAGGGGGAUUAUAUAUUUAGGCGGUUAAGGCAUCAUAAAAGGGGCACUUCCUGGGGAGCCAUCAGGGUUCAUGUCUGGUGGAGAUCUGGGUAGUGUCCUUGUGGGACCGGCUUGCGCAUCAUGGUGAACGCCUGUACGGCGGGGCCAUGGUGUGGAGGUUGGAACCACGCGCAUGGCUCCAAGAGCAAGGAGUGAGGAUUUUACACACGUCCUUCACUCUGGAGUUAUGCAACAAUGUGAACUGAUGUCUUUUAAGGUGGGAGUGUAGUCCCACAUAGUUAGGAUUAGCCUCACCUGCCCUAAGUAAUUAUAUUUGAAUGAUUGGCUGUCUUGCUUUGGAUUUACUAUGUUAUAUUUAAUAAAUAUAACAUUAUUCCAAUCUUGUGUCACGAGUCUUCCUUGU